AUGAGUUCCAUCCCGGAUGAUCUCUUUUUCGAGAUAUUUUCAAGACUGCCUUCAAAGUCAAUCGCUAGGUUUCGUUGCGUGUCAAAGCUAUGGGAGUCCAUGCUUCACCGUCCCUAUUUCACCGAGUUGUUCUUGACCAGGUCCUCUGCUCGUCCACGUCUCUUAUUUGCAUUCCAAAGAAGAUCUGAAAGCGUUGACUACUUGAGCUUCUUCUCGUUGCCUCAGCCUCAUGAUCCAUACGAAAACUUGUCGUCUACUGUAGUAGCCGCUGAUUAUCAUAUGAUGUUCCCUAUGCUGGGACAUAUCUGUGGUUAUGCCUCUGGUUUGGUCUUGUCAAAAAGGGAUCAGGAGGAGCAUGUGAUAUGUAACCCUAUCACGGGACAGUUUUCGAUCUUACCUAAAGUGAGAAAGCACAUGUUCUCGAUAAGCCUUUUAGGGUUUGAUCCCAUUGACAAGCAAUUCAAGGUAUUGUUCACCACGGAAGGUGAGUUUAGAAUUCUGACAUUAGGAACUGGAGAAGUGAGUUGGAGGAAGGUACAGUGUCCAUUAACUUGUUUUACUAAUUGUUCGGAAGGGAUAUGCAUCAAUGGGGUUAUGUAUUGCUUAGCUAAAAACCUUGAUGAAACGGUGGAGAUAUUUUGCUUUGAUGUUAGGUCUGAGAACUCCAAGAUUAUCAACAUGGAAACUUUUUAUGCUUGCCCUGCAAGAUUGGUUAACUAUAAGGGUAAACCAUGUGUGAUUCAUUGGAACCGUGCAAAGCGUACCUUGGAGUUGCAUACGUGUGUUCUAGAUGAUGUCGAGAAACAUGAAUGGUCGAAACAUGUCUACACUUUGCCAUAUAACUGUGAACUCGUUUAUCACUUAUAUGUUUAUUACAGAGAUGUUACCGUCGUUGGAGUGACUGCUAGGGGUGAAAUUGUUUUGUCGCAAGAGUAUACUUGUUACACAGAUUCACCUAAGUCUUAUGUUUUCUACUUCAAUCCCGAAAGCAAGAUUCUCCAGCAAGUUAAAAUCACAGGUCCUGAUGAUUUUUUUGGUAGAUCAUUUGAAGUCGUUGUAGACCAUGUAGAGGAUCUUAAUCUUAACGAUGCAAAGCUACUUAAGUCAAGCAUCUAUGAGUAA